AUGAAGGGCUCCAAUUGCUAUAGGCUUUUGAUUAUCAUUGUUGUUGUUUGUUUGAAAGAUCGAUGGCUUGUUUGUGGUGCGGAUCCUACAGACGGGUUCAGUGAAGUGCCAUUAACAGAUGAGAAUUUCGAUUUGCAGAAACCAUUUAACAUACCACUGUCCCGACGUUACAAUGACUCCGAUGGCAUUAGGAGUUUCUGGGUCUAUACCAACGAUAAGCCCUUCAAACCUGACAGCGGAACUAGGCCUCGUACCGAAAUUCGCAUAAAGGGACAUGACUAUUCGUCCGGAAUUUGGCAAUUCGAAGGCUAUGGUUUCGUCCCAAAAGGGACCUCUGGGGUGACCAUAAUGCAGAUCCACGGUGCCAGCGAAGGAGCUACAACACUCCAACUGCGGAUUUACGAUGGCGACAUGCGAUAUUACCGGUACAACUUGGUGGCCACCGAUCUAUACGAUAAAUGGUUUCGACUGAAUGUGAUCCAUGAUGUUGGCAAAGGGAAGAUCUGGGUUUUCAUUGAUGGAGAAGAGAAGUUUGUGGUGAAGGAUCAAGGGCCUGGAGACUUGUAUUUCAAAUGCGGUGUUUAUGCUGCACCUUCUAAAUCUAGCAACUUCAUGGAAUCAAGGUGGAGAGACAUUAAGCUCUUCAAGAAAUAA